AUGAACCCUAUAGUCGUCUCUGGUUGGACCAGUCAGGGACUAAUAACGCAGAGUGACACUGAUAGUGACUUCACGUACAUGGAGACGAGUGACACUGAUAGUGACUUCACCUACAUGGAGACGAGUGACACUGAUAGUGACUUCACGUACACGGAGACGAGUGACACUGAUAGUGACUUCACGUACACGGAGACGAGCGAUACUGAUAGUGAAUUCACGUACACGGAGACGAGUGACACUGAUAGUGACUUCACGUACACGGAGACGAGUGACACUGAUAGUGACUUCACGUACACGGAGACGAGUGACACUGAUAGUGAAUUCACCUACAUGGAGACGAGUGACACUGAUAGUGACUUCACGUACACUGAUAGUGACUUCACGUACAUGGAGACGAGUGACACUGAUAGUGACUUCACGUACACGGAGACGAGCGAUACUGAUAGUGACUUCACAUACACUGAUAGUGACUUCACGUACAUGGAGACGAGUGACACUGAUAGUGACUUCACGUACACGGAGACGAGUGACACUGAUAGUGACUUCACGUACACGGAGACGAGCGAUACUGAUAGUGAAUUCACGUACACGGAGACGAGUGACACUGAUAGUGACUUCACGCACACGGAGACGAGCGAUACUGAUAGUGACUUCACGCACACGGAGACGAGUGACACUGAUAGUGAAUUCACGUACACGGAGACGAGUGACACUGAUAGUGACUUCACCUACAUGGAGACAAGUGACACUGAUAGUGAAUUCACGUACACGGAGACGAGUGACACUGAUAGUGACUUCACGUACACGGAGACGAGCGAUACUGAUAGUGACUUCACGUAUAUGGAGACGAGUGACACUGAUAGUGACUUCACGUACACGGAGACGAGCGACACUGAUAGUGAAUUCACGUACACGGAGACGAGCGACACUGAUAGUGACUUCACGUACACGGAGACGAGUGACACUGAUAGUGACUUCACGUACACGGAGACGAGUGACACUGAUAGUGAAUUCACGUACACGGAGACGAGUGACACUGAUAGUGACUUCACGUACAUGGAGACGAGUGACACUGAUAGUGACUUCACGUACACGGAGACGAGCGAUACUGAUAGUGACUUCACGUACACGGAGACGAGUGACACUGAUAGUGACUUCACCUACAUGGAGACGAGUGACACUGAUAGUGACUUCACGUACAUGGAGACGAGUGACACUGAUAGUGACUUCACGUACACGGAGACGAGCGACACUGAUAGUGAAUUCACGUACACGGAGACGAGCGACACUGAUAGUGACUUACGGAGACGAACGAGUGACACUGAUAGUGAAUUCACGUACACGGAGACGAGUGACACUGAUAGUGACUUCACGUACAUGGAGACGAGUGACACUGAUAGUGACUUCACAAACACUGAUAGUGACUUCACAUACACUGAUAGUGAAUUCACCUACACGGAGACGAGUGACACUGAUAGUGAAUUCACGUACACGGAGACGAGUGACACUGAUAGUGACUUCACAUACACUGAUAGUGACUUCACGUACAUGGAGACGAGUGACACUGAUAGUGAAUUCACGUACACGGAGACGAGUGACACUGAUAGUGACUUCACGUACACGGUGACGAGUGACACUGAUAGUGAAUUCACAUACACGGAGACGAGUGACACUGAUAGUGAAUUCACGUACAUGGAGACGAGUGACACUGAUAGUGAAUUCACGUACACGGAGACGAGUGACACUGAUAGUGACUUCACGUACACGGAGACGAGUGACACUGAUAGUGACUUCACGUACACGGAGACGAGUGACACUGAUAGUGACUUCACGUACACGGAGACGAGUGACACUGAUAGUGACUUCACGUACACGGAGACGAGUGACACUGAUAGUGACUUCACGUACACGGAGACGAGUGACACUGAUAGUGACUUCACGUACACGGAGACGAGUGACACUGAUAGUGACUUCACGUACACGGAGACGAGUGACACUGAUAGUGACUUCACGUACACGGAGACGAGUGACACUGAUAGUGAAUUCACCUACAUGGAGACGAGUGACACUGAUAGUGACUUCACGUACACGGAGACGAGUGACACUGAUAGUGAAUUCACCUACAUGGAGACGAGUGACACUGAUAGUGACUUCACAUACACUGAUAGUGACUUCACAUACACUGAUAGUGACUUCACAUAUAUGGAAACUUUCUUUCCAUUUCCUUUUCUGCUACAUCGAUCUACGUGGGUACUGGUGAAGGCAAACGUAAACACGUACAGUUCUGGUGAAUCUGUCAGGGAGUGGGUACUGGUGGAGGCAAACGUAAACACGUACAGUUCUGGUGAAUCUGUGAGGGAGUGGGUAGUGGUGGAGGCAAACGUAAACAUGUACAGUUCUGGUGAAUCUGUGAGGGAGUGGUAG